AUGCCGACAAGGCCACCGAAUCCAAAUCCUUUGCUGAACGCCAGCAAGUGCUCACGUCUAUUUCAAGGAUGGGUUUCUCCUUUGGUUUCAAAAUGUCGUAAACAAGGUACACUUGAUAUAUCUGAUCUCUACGAACCAACUCCUGAUUGUGAAUCAGCAACAAUGACACAUAAGCUUGAAACACAGUGGUUCGCUGAAAUGAAACGAAAUCCGAACAAUCCGAGUUUAAUUCGAGCUACAAUACGUACUAUGAGAUGGGAACCAUUUCUGAUCGGUCUUAUUCUUGUUCCUAAUGAAGUUUACUUAAUUGAUACGUUUGCUCUAAAAAUGCGUCUUGCCUACAGUGGUCUUAUCUUUCGAAAAGUACUGCGCUUGUCAAGUCAUGCAUUUAAUACUAUCAGUUCAGGUGAAAUUACCAAUCUACUAUCGAAUGAUGCCGCUAAAAUUGAAAUGACACUCUUUUUCAUCAAUUAUUUAUGGCCAAUAAUUUUUCAAGUCGACUUCACUUUCAGACGUGAAAUUACUCAAUAUAUGUGCACUUUAACGUUUGAUUCUAUUCAAAUGCUUUUCUCGCAUACCUACGUCAAUGUUACAUUUCUAAUGAUGUAUGGAGCGAUGUGGUGGUUCAAUAUUCGUUUCGAUACACGUUUUUUUGCGAUUGCAUCCUGCUUGUUGGGACAUUUUAGAUUAACUGUCGUCGAGUUUUUUAGUGCUGCUGUCAAAGAUUUUGUUCAUUAUAUAGCUGCCCAACGACGGAUGCAGGCAUUCCUUUUACUUGAUGAAUCCGAACGAGAUAAUCGACUAUUAUCUCGAUCACAUUCAGAACUUGCAAAUAAAGAAACCAAUGAUCCAUCAAUGCCGAAAACUAUUCAAACACAAUCACCAAAAGUUGUGUGCAAUUUGGAAAGAGCUCUAUGGGAAAAGAAUGGAUCAUUUUGUCUUAAAAAUAUCGUAUUCGAUGCUCAGCCAGGCGAUUUGAUCUGUAUCAUUGGACCUGUUGGCGCUGGAAAGAGUUCGCUUUUGCAAACACUUACUGGUGAAAUUGCGAUUUUCGACGGAAAAGUUCGAAUGCAUGGUUCAUUCUGCUAUGUACCACAAGAGUCAUGGAUAUUUUCUUCAACUAUUAAAACAAAUGUUCUUUUCGGUAAACCAUACGAUCGUACUUUGUUUCGAGAUGUUAUUAAAGCAACUGCUCUAGAUACAGAUUUUGCUCAAUUACCUGACAAAGAAAAUACUCUCGUCGGCGAUCAAGGUGUCAUGCUAUCUGGAGGCCAAAAAGCACGUGUGAAUAUGGCUCGAGCACUUUAUCGUAAUGCAGAUAUCUAUCUUCUCGAUGAUCCUUUGUCGGCUGUCGAUGCCAAAGUAGCUAAACAUCUUUUUAAGAGAUCUAUCAAAAGUUAUCUUGCUGAUAAGAUAUGUAUAUUGGUUACACAUCAAAUUCAAUUUUUACAAGAUGCAACCCAAAUUAUUGUUCUUAAUAAUGGUGAAAUGGUACAAUAUGGCACUUUCACUGAUUUACUUACUUCAUCAUCAUCGUUUGCUCAUUUACUUAAUGAUAUUCAUCAAUUCGAACAACAAAAUUCUAUUGAAUUGCAUCAACAACUGUCGAUUAUUAGUUCGACGGAUUCGGAUAUUGAUGGAGAAAUAUUGGCUCUAUCAAAACAUGUUGAGAUUAAACAAAAGGGUAAAGUCAAAUGGCAUGUAUACGCUGCAUAUUUGAAAGCUGGUUUUGGUAUCAUUUUUGGGCUAUUCGUUAUUUUUAUUCUAUCAUCUCUGCGAGAAGCAUUGUCGAUGUUUAGUAGUUGGUGGUUAGCAAAAUGGAGUGACGAAGAAAGUUAUCGAUAUCAAAAUUUGAAUAAUUGUAGUAGUAUUGCAACUAAUAAUAAUCAUACAGUAUGGUCGAUGACUAAUACAGAAUGGAGUAAUCAUCGAAAUCAACGAUUCUAUGUCUAUUGUGUAAUCGUCCUGAUUCUCGUGAUUUUUACUCUACUCCGUGGAUUUUUAAGUGAAUUCAUGUUUCUAAAUGCAGGCCGAGUACUUCACAACAAAAUGUUUCGACGAUUGAUCCGAUGUCCGAUAGCAUUCUUCGAUAUAAAUCCUGUCGGACGAAUAUUGAAUCGUUUCACUAAAGAUGUAGCUACUAUGGACGAUGACCUGCCAAUUGAUGCAUAUGAUUUUCUGAACUGUUGCUUUCUAGUUUUAUCCACAGUUGCUCUUGUUGGUGUACUCAAUCCGUGGUCAUUCAUACCGGCACUCAUAGCAUUAUUCUGUCUACUCUUUGUACGUCAUCAUUUUGCACCAUUUUCUCGCGAUUUGAGACGACUGGAAAGUAUUUCACGUAGUCCAGUAUAUUCUUAUUUGACAUCAACUAUACAUGGCCUGAAAGUAAUUCGAUCCUAUCAUGCAGAACAAAUGUGUUCGGCCGAAUUUUUCUCCUAUCUCGAUGAAAACACACGAGCCAACCAUCUGAUUUAUGCUGCUAGUCGUUGGGCUGCACUGCGCUUCGAUUGGAUUAGUCUUCUUUUUAUUGGUUUAGUGACAAUACUCUCGAUGAUUCUGCGCAUCACUGGAUAUCGAUAUUUUUCAACUGCUGAUAUUGCUAUGACACUCUCGUAUAGUCUCGGUCUAAUGGGACUUUUGCAAUGGACAAUCAGAUCAUCGGUCGAGUUGGAAACAAGAAUGACAUCGGUAGAACGUGUACUCGAAUACUGUUCUCUUGAGCAAGAGCCUCCAGCUCAAGUACCACCAAAUCGUCGAGCCCCAUCUAGUUGGCCAUCCCAAGGUUGUAUUAUCUUCGACAACAUUUGUAUGUCUCACUCAUCUGAUAAUCAAUCGUCACUUGCUCUACGUCAUGUCUCGAUGACGAUUCAAGCUGGUGAAAAAGUAGGUAUCGUCGGAAGAACGGGUGCUGGAAAAAGUUCGCUAAUUCACACAUUAUUUCGCAUGGGAACAUUAGUUGGCGGUCAAAUAAAAAUUGACAAUAUUGAUAUUGCUUCAAUCGGCUUAGAUGAUCUUCGACGUCGUAUUUCAAUUAUUCCCCAAGAUCCCAUUCUUUUUACUGGUACUAUGAGAAGUAAUCUUGAUCCGUUCAAUGAUUAUUCUGAUGCUGAAAUUUGGUGUGCACUUGAACAAGUGCAAUUAAAAACGUUAGUUGCCGAUGGAAUGCCGAAUGGGCUUCAUUCUAUGGUGAGUGAAGGUGGUUCGAAUUUGAGUGUUGGUCAAAAACAACUCGUAUGUUUGGCAAGAGCUAUUUUAAAAAUGAGUAAAAUUCUUGUGAUUGACGAAGCUACUGCCAAUGUCGAUAAUGCUACUGAUGAAUUGAUACAACGAGCAAUUCGUGAAAAAUUCAAGCAUUGUACAGUUCUUACUGUAGCUCAUCGUCUACGAACAGUGAUCGAUAGUGAUCGUAUUCUGGUACUCGGUAAUGGAGCAGUACUAGAAUUCGACACACCUUCAGGUCUUCUCUCAAAUUCUACUUCUCAUUUCACGUCACUUGUUGAACAAGCCGGUGAUGCCGAGGCUGCGUAUCUUCGAACCUUGGCAAAUAAGAAAUCAACAAAAGAUAAACACGAUCUCGAAGAAGAAACAAUGCAGGAUACUAAAGAAACUGAUCCUCUUUUAACAUAG